UAUUGUAUAGUAAUCUUUGGACGCUGUCAACUGCUACUCAGAUAAAUCGUAAAUAAGAUUACGUGUAUAUUGCCCGACUGCUGGGGCACUUAUCAGUUUAGUUCGAUUCUUUGUUGGAGGCUCCCUUCUGCGCCAGUGUGUGUAAAGGUUGCUCAUUCAACACAACGUUUCUACGAGUUUCAUUAUCUAUUUCAUUUCUUCGUCUCCUCGAAGUCAUUCGCAAAAUAAUUGCAUCAUGAAAGCUAUCGUUGCUUUGUUCGUCUGCAUGCUCGCCGGGGCUCUUGCCGUCGACGAGUGCUACCAAGACGUAUCACUGGAUUGCGGCCAAGCGUCAGAUGGCUUAACACUACAAAGAUGUAACGCUAAAUACGCUGAGUAUGGCCGUCAUGGAAACGUCGCUACGGAGAUGCAAGCAUACGCAAACUUACAUCUGGAGCGGUCGUAUGAAUACCUUCUAUCGGCAUCUUUCUUCAACAACUAUCAGACCAACCGCGCUGGCUUCACUAAGCUGUUCAAGAAGCUGUCUGACGACGCUUGGGGGAAGACUAUUGAACUCAUCAAACAUAUAACAAUGAGAGGUGACGAAAUGAACUUCGCUCAGCGUAGCACCCAGAAACCGGCAGAACGCAGGAACUACACCGCCGAAGUCCACGAGCUGGAGUCCCUGGCUAAGGCUCUCGACACACAGAAGGAGAUCGCUGAACGCGCCUUCUACAUUCACCGUGAAGCCACCAGGAAUAGUCCGCACAUGCACGACCCUGAAAUCGCCCAAUACUUGGAAGAGGAGUUUAUCGAAUACCAGGCCAAGACCGUCCGCGACCUCGCCGGACACACUUCAGACCUCAAGAAAUUCAUUACAGCCAAUAAUGGACAAGAUCUUUCCCUCGCUUUGUACCUCUUUGACGAGUACUUACAAAAAACUGUUUAAAUAGUUAAAAAAUAACACAUACUUUUUUCUCCUUUAAUACUCCACUAUAUCCAAAAAACAAGUUUAGUAAAGCGGUUCAAAAUUAGCAUUUAAUAUUGGUUUUGUACAAAAUAAUGGGCUGUUAAAAAGUGUUUAAGUUUGAUUUUUUAAAUGUAUAAUAAAUAUAUAUAAGUAAAUAUAGAAACAUCAUGCUGUAGAUUGUAAUCCCGAGUUUUAUUUUUAAAUAAAAUAUCAUAACCCGC